AUGACCGAGCGCCGCAGCCGCAGCAGCGAGAGGCGCCACAGCCGCAGUCGCCGCCGCUCACCGAGCCGCAGCCCGCGCAGAAGACGCAACGAGAAGCACCGACGCCAUGACGCACACGAGGGAGCGGAAGGCGCGGAGAAACAGAAGCUGGAGAACCGCGAGGAGGUUGAGCACAGGUCGCGUAUGUGGACGGUGGUGGACUCUGACGAAGACGACGAUGGUGCCAGCAGCUCCAAGGCUGAGGACAGGAAGAGCCGCGACAGAACGCACGAAAGCGGCAGCCACAGACAUCGCCGCCGCCACUCGAAGCGCCGAUCGCGCUCCUCGUCAUCCUCGUCCUCUUUCGAGUCGAGCUCCGACUCGGGGUCUGAGAGUUCGGACAGCUCGGACGACGAGCGGUCGCGUCGGAAGCGGAAGCACAAGCGCAGCAGCUCGCGGAAGGACAAGAAGCGGCACAAGAAGGACAAAAAGAAGAAGGGUAAGAAGAGCAAGAAGGACGGCAAGAGCGGUAAACGCGCUGUGAACCAGGACGAGUACGGCAAGUAUGGCAUUCUGCGCGAGUCGGACUUCCACUCCAAGAGCGUUUCGUUCCAGGCGUGGCUGCGUGACGUGAAGAAGAUGGGCGAGUUCAAUGGACCGAAGUGGGAGGCCAUGGAGCUGUUCAAGGAGUACAUGGAGGACUACAAUACGUGCACACUGCCCCAUGAGAAGUACUACGACAUUGAGAAGUACGAGAUGAAGCGCUACCAGAAGCAGCAGCGCAAGGCCUAUGCGAAGCAGAAGGGCGCGUCGGACAAGGCUCUGGGCGCGCUGGCGGACGAAGAGCGUGUGCGUCGCGAGCGCCAAGCAGCGCGCGAGAAGAAGGAGCAGGAAGAGUUCCGUCUCGUGCUGCAGCUCAUGGACAAGGACAAGAUCGAGGCCAUGCGCGAGCAGGAGCGUCUCCGCGCGCAGAUGCAACUGCACUACAAGUCAGGAAACGUCGACGAGGCCCGUCGGCUCGAGCAGAUCCUCAACAAGGUGGACGAGGACCCGCGCUUCAAGCGCUGA